GGUGUUUGUCAAUUGCGCCGAUUUUGGAACACUAUUUAUAAUAUAAUAUAAUAUACAUCCAAAAAAGGUAUACUAAAAAAGUAAAAGUAUAUCAAUUGCGCCGGAUCAUUUUUACGGUAACUAAAAUAAUAAUAAUACGAAUUUAAUAAAAAUUUAUAAAUUGGAUCGUUGCUACUUGUAUGUAUAGGAAUAACGUUGAAUGUUUUUGAAUGCCGUUGAUAUUUGCAACUUUUACUUUUCUAAAAUAUAUAUUGAAAAUUAACACUAUGAAAAUAAGAAAAAGCUGUCCUAGGAUAAUAGAGAUGGGUGCAGUCGCUGUUGUAGGUAAUUUAAUGUAUACCUGUAAGCGAUGAUAAACCAUUACUAACGAAAAAACGAUUCUGAGCGGAGUUCAGUUUAUAGUAAUGCUUUUUCAAUAAUAUAUAUAUAUAUAUGGAAUAUUAUAGUAAAAUAAUUAAAUAGGCAUUAAAUAUUUUCUUCAAUGAUAUUUAUUUAAUAUUGUGCCGAUUUUCCCGUUUUUCCUACGUUUUUCCCAUGUCUUUUCUUGGGUUUUUACAUUUAAUGGAGAAAACUUUGGAGAAAAUCGAAAAAUGACCUCCCUAAAGUACCUUCCCUGUCAAAUUUUUUUCAGAAAAAGUGUUAUCAUUGUAAAUCGAAGCAAACUUGCUAAAAAGUUGUUCACAGGGAAAACAAGACCGAAAUAUUUUUAACCAAUAUCUACCUAUACGUAUUUUCCUACAUUUUUCCGGUUAUCCUCUGUUUUUUCCAGUUUUCCCAGUUGUUAAUAAAAAAUCCUGUGAAAAUCAAAAAUUACCUUCUUAAAGUACCUCCUCACAUCGAUUUCUUUUUAGAAAAGGUGCUACACUUAAAAAUCGGAACAAAAUUUCUGGUAGAAAAGUUGCGCAUAGAUUGUAGAAAGUCGCGCAACUCAGAAUUUAAAAAUGCAUUGAUACUAUAGGUAUAAUAAAGAUUUUUGUUAACGAUUAUUUACGUUUUUAUUUUUUUUUCAUACUUUUUAUUUUUAAUCUACAUUUUAUUUCUUGACGAUUUUCAUUCUCAUCCAUGAGUGAAGUUGAAUCGUUUUCAAAACUUCACAAAUAAAAAUAUUAUUUGGAUGGGGUGAAUAAAAAUAACUCCCAAAUGUUGCAGAGAGAAAGGAAUUUGUACUUUUUUCCUCUGAUAUAUAACACGAUACCCAAAGAUACGGUGAAAAAGUUGCAUGUCCAUCAAUAUAAUAUGACAUUGUAUCAACGAGAUAAUAACAAAAUUAACUAAUUCGCAUUUUUAUAUAUUUAGAAAUCUAUAGGUAAAUAACAUACAAUUAAUAUGAAACGCUUUCGAAUUUCGAUCGGCGCAGUUGAUGUGUACAUUAUUAUGGUUGUUGUACAUCUAUUUUUUAUCCCAUCAUUUUACUUUUUUUUUACCUGCGAUUUCCGUUGCAAUUGAUUUGUACAUCUCCGAUAUUAUUAUUGGAUAUCAACUCAAACAUAACGUCAUAUCCGAUGUGGUACCCAUAAUAGGUAUACAUAUAUUACAUUAUAUAUGUGUAAGCAUGUAUAGUAUUUAUCGAUAGAGAGAAAAUUCGAAGCGGUCACAAGUUCAAUUGACCGACACAUAUCGAUCAGUUCGACAAACUGUGAAAUAUAACUUCCGCUCGUGUUCGUAACUAUUAUACACGUAAUAUAUUAUAUAUAUUAUAUUUUUCGAGUGUACAUCGCCGACAUCGCCGUUGAACACAAUAUACGGCUCGUACCGCAUUAUAAAUGUUUGAGGACAUAGACCUCGAAAUCGUUUAUAUUGGAGUAAGUAUCUGUCGGCGCGGUGUGUGUUGUCAAAAAUAAUGUUACGGUAAAAAAAAAAAAAAAAAAUGUUUAUAAAAUAAUAAUAUUAUUAUAGUAUAACGUUGAAUUCAUACAAGUGGCGCAACCAGUGUAGGGAAUUUUUUUUUCACGAAUUCUUCGUAUUACGUAUAGUUGCAUAAUUCGUAUUGCACUAUUACAGACGUUUCUUUGUAAUUGUAAAUACGUAUUCGUCAUGCACGUCACCUAUUUAGUAAUUUACUAUCCCAAAAACCUGUCCAGAAAAUUUUUUUUAAAUUCAUAAUGCAACCCUCUCCCUAUUUGUGCCACUGGGAACAAUUAAUAAGAAUAACUGAUUUCUAUAAUGAUGUGAUAUAGUAAAAAUAUUUCUGUUUUUUUUUUUUUUUUUUUGGUUUAAUGUAACUAAUUUUAACUUGUAAGGCAUAAUAUAUUAUACUUGUAUAUUCUUAAUACAUAAAUUCCGAAAAAUGAACCAAAAUGUUGAAACUUUUUGAUUUUUUUUUCUUUAUAGGAAAUUUUUUUCCUUUUUAAUGCAUUCUAUGGUAUUUUCAAUAAUUUAUUUUUUUUCUUCUUAAUUUACGCUUAUAAUACACAAUAUAAAUUAAAUAUACCUAAAGCAAAUACAAAACUAUUAUUUUUAAAAUAUUUAAUAAAAGUCACGCACCCAGAACUCUUAAGUCUUGAACAACUUGCAUGUCAUUAUCGACAAAAUACUUAAUAAGUGCAUGCAAUCGAUGAUAUACAAAUGGUCCCUACGUGCUUUUUUUUUUUUUUAUCAAAAACAUAUCGUACCUAUUUACAAUUUAAUUUUAAAGAAAAAAAUAAAUCUUAUUUGCAAUGAACAUAGAUACAGCAAAACAGUAUUCCGAGUUCAAUUUCGAAAGAGAAAGGUUAUUUUAAUACAGAAAAGGAAGCAGUGGUUAGUUAUACUGUUGGGUAUACUCUCUCUUUAUUAGUUAUUCAACGCAUCAUUAUACGAUUCUGAGUAAUGCGCUCGAAAUUAUAUCUAAAGUGACAUAUUUUAUAUUUUAAUUGUUUGCAAAAAAUAAACAAGCUUUUUUUUAAAUUUAUCAAUUAUCAAUUAAAUUAUAUGAACGAAUAAUACGAGCGGAGUCAUAGGUGUUGUAGAAUAUUAUGUCACAUUAUAUUUUUAUCAAAAAUCUUAGUUAAUCUUAUCUGAUUUUAGAUUUCAAGCUUAGCAAGGAAGUUAUUGGUUUUACUGAGAUGUUUAUUUUUUUUUCUUCUUUCUUCUAGUCUGUGGACACGUUUUUUCCUAAUAAACUUAAUCCGAUUUUUACGUGUAGUAACUUUUAUGAAAGUUCAAGGUGUCUAGGUGGUACUUUAAAGAGAUCAUUUUUUUGAUUUUUGACGCCAUUUUUUAAAUAAAUCACUUAAGUGGGAAAAACGUAGGGAAACGUACAAUUUGACGAUUUCAUUAUUUUAUAAAAACGUGGACGACGAUUUCUACCAGAAAAAAAUUAUUUAAUCGAAAAACCACAAACCCUUUUUUUUGCCUUUUUGAUUUACAUUUUUACGGUAUAAUAGCUAAAACUUUUGAGCCACUUUUGAGUUUUUAAGGAAUUUUAAUUUUUGAGAGUUUUUUGUUGUAAUUCGGUUAUAAAUACACGUAAAGACUUGAAACAUGGUAAUAAUAUUUAUAUUGGACUUACCUAGACAUAGUAAAAUUUCCAAAGUCAUCGGACUUUUUUUUUUUUUAAUGAGCGUUUUGAAAUAAAAUUUAAACGAAAAUCGCGAAAAAGAUUACGGUACUUCAAAUUAUGUACUACCGAACUGCGCUCGGAAUCGUUUUUCGUCAAGCAAUGGUUUAUUGUUGCUUACAGAUAUAUAUGAAAUAACCUUAUGUAUCCUACCUUCUCAACUUCUCACCUACAACGGUGGCCGCUCCCAUCCCCAAUAUCUGCUCUUUUUUUUUUAUUCUGAUGGAAGAUAUAAUUCUACCUAACUAGUUUGUUAUUGUACGUUACAUGUUAAAUUUAUUUGUUAUAUUUUUGCGAUUGACGACGGUUAGGUAUAGUAGUACCUACUAGGACAUAAGUAUACCGACUAGGAAAUAACCAAUAAGAUAACUUUGAUGAAAUAGAUUAUGCUUUUUUUGUUUUUAAAAGUUAUGCAUUUUUAACCAUCCAACCUAAGCUCAGACUUAAAAACAUAUCUGGUUAUGGGCUUCUUGCACUCAGAACACUCCCAUGAUUUCGUAAUCUCUAAAAGAUUUUCAUGAACAAAUUUGAAUACCUACAAUAAGGUUUUAAUCUUUGAAACACAAUGUAGUGACAUCUGCAUAUUAUAUGUUAUUUAUUUGUAUGCAAAUAAGAACAAAAAUACGCCAUUUGCAGUUUUACGUUCACGAAUAAAUCAUGAAUAUUGCAUACCUACCUAUAGUCUAUAAUGACACCAGCGAGUAUCCUAAUUAUCUAUGUACUUAUUACGUCUAAUAUUAAUUUGAAAUUGAUUUUAACCCAUAAUUCGGAUACAAAGAAAUAUUUUUUACGCCUGGGUUUCGAUAAUUUAUCAUUAUAUUUUGUCACCUAAAGUACAAUAUUACUUUAACGAUUGUUUUUAGUGUGUUUUAUAAACAUUUGUUUUUUGUAUUUUUCAAUACGUGGUCUACGCCUGACAUAGGUUAUAUAGAUAUAGGUAUUUAAAAACAUCCGUACCUAAACCUAUAGUCGAUGCCAGAAUUCAAACGCUUUAACCCUGAACAUUUAUACAAAAUAAUAUUAUGCUUACACACAAAUAUUUGUUUCUAUAUUUUUUUUUAUUUUUCUUAUACUAAAAAUCCGAAAAGUAUUAUCGACCAUCUGACUUUGUGUGGUCUAUUUUUGUAAGUCUACUGGUUGGGAUUAUUUGUAUAUAAAAUAUAAAUAGGUAGUUUUAACAAGUAAUUUCAUGAGUUACUACACUCAUGAAAUUACUUCUUAACAUUUUUAAUUUUUUUAAUUUUCUGACAUUUGACAUUUGACUCGGUGUCCAUACAAAAUAGCUGCUCAUAGAGGUCAUCACAUUUGUCACUAUCACAUAAUAUUUUAUAUGUCUCCCUCUUCUUAUAAAGAGUAGAACUAACAUUUAAGUACCUAUGUUACUCGUAUGAUUCUAUAUACAUUAUAAUACAUAAUAUAUUACAAGUUGGUUAAAAAUUUUUUUGAUUUAUGCAUUACGUAAUCCUAUUAAUUUAUAGAUUUUAAAACAAUACAUAAAAUAUUAACUAUAAUAUUUAAAUAAACAACCUUUAUUUAUUUUUUACAAUCAUUUCGUUCUCCUAUAGUAUGACAAUAAGCAAUUAAUUAAAUUGUAUAUUAUACCUACGCUUGUAUAGAUCAAUGUCUAAAUGUCUAAAACUGUAAACAUUUGAAACAAAUAAACCACAUCCAAUGAGUAAUAUAUAACAAUAAUAAUAAUAUAAUAAUAUAGUGUGUGACCGACCGCCGCAAAGGGGCAAGGUUACCAACCUUGUUUCGAGACUGCACUUUUUUGUUAGAACAACGAGAAUUUUGGUCGGAAAUAUGCAUUACUUAUUGACGGAGAUUGGAACGAAAAAAAAAAGAGAGAAGAAAACAAAUAGGUAACUUAAAAAUAUUGUCAAUAAGAGGUUUUUAUCAUGAAAAUUUGUUCUCAUAACACAAGAGCAAGUCUCAUAGAUAUCAACAUCAAAGAAGUUUCUGAUAGCAUUUUUAGAUUCUGAGCAGCAAAUCGAGGAAUAUGUUGGUUUUACAAUGAUGUUUAUUAUUUUUUUUAUACCAUGUACAAAAAUUCUAACAAAAAUCUUGUUCCAAAUGUAUCAAGUAUAGCACCUUUCCUAAAAGGCAAUUUUAUCUAGUUCGUACUUUAGGGAGGUAAUUUUUUUUUCUAAGCAGUUUUCAUAAUAAUUGGAAAAAUCCGGGAAAAAAUGUAGGAAAAUCGGUAAAAUGUAUUCGGGAAAACAAUGCGAUUAUUAUUUUCAACUUUGUUUUUUUUUUUUGGAAUUCGUUCAAAAUGUUCAUAGAUACUUGAAAUUUUGAAUGAAAACUUAUAUUUGCUUUUUCUAGACGUAAUCAAAUUUUCUAAACGUCUGAGCCAUUUUCAAGCUAUUUAUAAACAUUUUAAUUUUGCGAGUGUUUACGUAAUUUGUAUUAUUGUAAUUAUUUGGUAAGUACUUAAUGGAUACAGUUGUUAGGCUUAACAGAAAUGGAUGAAAAUUUAACAGAAGUUUUAUUAUGUCAUACUUUGUGGUCAAAAAAAAACUUGAGUUUAAUGUAGUAUUUUUAUUUUAUAAGAAUUUUAAUAUUAAAUUUUGAUGAAAAUCGUAAAUAUUACAGCGUAUCAAAAAAUUAACAUAAUAUUAUGGAGUUUUUAGCUAUACUAUCAUACAACUUUUAUAUUAAUACACAUGCUUAAUUGCUUAAAUAUUUUUAAUAAUUUCGUAUUUUAGAUUCUAAGUGGAGCAAAGAAGCUUAUGGUUUAACAAUGAUGUAUUAUUUUUCUGUGGGUAACUUUUCUUCCAGCAAUUUUGGUCCGAUUUUCAAUGAUAACACUUUUUCUGAAAAGAAAUCUGACAAAGAAGGUACUUUAGCGAAGUUAAUUGAUUAUAUUAUAAUAUUAAUAAAUUAUGAUAAUUUUUUAAGCAUUAUAUAAUCUGUAGUAAUCGCGCACUUUACCACAAGAAUAUUGUAGGUAGGUAUAAUGUAUACAAUAUACAUAUUACAAUAUUUUGUGUCGGAUAUUAACGCACGAUUUUUUAAUUAUCUAAUUAUUGUCCUUGGGCUAUUCGGUUUUCCUCGUGAUAUCCUGUACAACACAAGGAGCCUAUACUGCAGUGCAUAUUGGUACAAAUUAUGUUCCUGUUAUGUUUAUAAUACUUAAUAUAAUAAUAGUAUAUGGUAUAUUAUGUGUAAAGCUAUCUGUUUUUCGCGGGUUAUUAUCAUCGCGUAUUAUAUCGUAUUUAAUGCUCGCGGUUGAAGGAGGCUUAUUAAUUUGACGUUCAAUAAUAUUAUAAUAUUAAAUAUCGUAUUUUAUUCAUUCGGCCGUGGUAGUAACUAGUAGGUGCAUAGUAUUUUUACUAUCAUAAUCGCCAAUAAUUAAUCAAUUCAUUAUAGGCAUUACGCGCGUUUACGUCAUUACCCGAGUCGAUAAACACACGUUCGUAUUCACACACACACACACACGACUUCUUAGUUAUCUAUACAAUUAUUUAGCUAUAUAACGAUAUAUUUUAUUAACCGCGUGAAGAAUAUUUGAAAAAAAAAAAUUUAAAUUAAAAAAACAUAAACAAAACAAACAAGAAUAUAAAUUCUCGCGUGACCUAGAAAAUAACGUCGCUAUUAUUUACACCUAUAUACUUGUGCGAAAAAAUCCCUUUAUCAUAAACCAAUCAACACAAACCAGUAAAUAGUGGUGUUUAUACUCUUUAUUAUUAUAAUAUGAGUAGCCAUACUGGGGGAAAAGGGACUUAAUAACCUUCGAUUGGCUGUAAUAAAAUUGUGAUGUUACGGAGUUCGCGCACGAGUAUAAUAAAUGAAUCCAGUCGAUUUGAUCUAAACGGUGUAUUACGUAGGUACACGAAGCAAUCAAAUCGAUAAAAAAAAAAAAAAAUAACACCAAAAAGUGAUAUUCUACCUGAAUUUAUACUUUUACAAUAUGUAGAAAGCGCAGGAAGUAAUAUUAUUUAAGGAUGUGUCGAACUACUAUUCGAACUGUUCGAACACGAACUCGAAUCUUAUUAGAACUAUUUUCGAACUCACGGACUUUAAAAUAAUAAAACAAUUUGGAAACUUAACCUAUAUAUACAUAUAGUACGUUGGUUCUUAUUUGAGUAAUGGUGGAAUUUUUUGUUGACGCCCCCUAACUUAGUUCAAAAGUAAAAAAAUAUUGAGCCCUAUUUGAGCUUCCUAGGAUAUUUUUUUUGUCCUCCUGUAACGAGGUUAAGUUUUCCAUUUAGAAUACAUUGGGUUUUUCGUUUAUUCUGAAUUUUGUUUACAUAAAGUGUAAAGAAUUGACGUAAACAUUUUUUCUUGCAUGAAAGAAAUCGCUUAUCGAGGAGAGGAUACUUUAAAGGCAAUAAUAAUAAUGAAAAAAAAGAAUAUCAAGAAUUUUAUGCCAUUUUCUUUCUGUUCGUAAUUCAUUUUUUCUCAAUUUCCUUAAAUUUAGUCAAAAUAUCCGGAAAAUUGAUGAUUUUUAGCGUGGUAAAUGUUUAAAAAUCGUUUGAACAUCGAAUAUGGGUUAUUCUGUAUCAACUAUUAAUAUAAACAAUAUUAAUUAUUAUUUAACUAACAAAAAUUAGAUAAUUAAUAGUAAUAAAUUAAUAUUAACAUUUUAUAUCAAAAUUAUUAAAGUUUACAAGAAUUAAAGUUAUUGUAUGCUCUAUUUACAAUAACAUAUUUGCUACAUCAAUCGAAAACGGGUAACAACAUGUGGUUAUACUAAUUUGAUUUAUCGAUAGUAACAACUUUGGAAUUGAUUUUCUUUUUCAAUAGUCGCGGAAUGCACAAUCUGGUUUCAUUAGACCUGUGAUAUACUGAAUACUGAUAUAGGUAAGUAUAAUAUAGUUAUACUAAGUAACAAUUAGAGACUGGAUUUCAUUUAUAAUCUACGAAAGGGCGCUUAAUAAAUCAAAAAAACCCUUUAAAAAAAGUAAAAAUGAUAGAGGAGCUUAAAAGUUUCCCUCUGAUGGCUCUCACGUAUUAAAUUAAAUUUCUUAACACUAAAAAAAUGAUUUCUUUUAAAUAAAAGUUGUUUUUUCUUUUGUGGAUUUUAGAACAUUAUAUAAAUCCGGUCUCUGAAUAAAUAUCUAGGUACGCACUGCAUAAAUAAAUUGUACAAUAAUAAGGUGUACACGAUAAUUUCGAACGUCAAAAUUAAAAGUUUUUAUCCCGUGACUUUGCCAAAACAAAUAUAUUAUAAUGUUUUAGAGCUGUUUGCCAGCUAUGAAAAUAUACAACAACGCACAUCAUCGUCAUCGUUGUCGUCGUCGUGUACGAGUCUAUUAUUAUAAUAACAAUAAUAAUAAUAAUAAUAAUCAUUAUUACUAUUAUUAUAUUGUUUGUAGGUAUUCCGACAAACAAUAAAACCUUCAAAAAUUCAAUAACAAAAUAUCUCACAGCAAUCUCAAUAAGAAAAAAAAAAAAAAAAACAUUGGGCAGGCAGGUUUAUAAUACAGUGUAUUAUUAUAUAUAGGUAAGGCACAUGCUAUUAUAAUUAUAUUAUAUAUUAUACUCACCUAGGUGCUAUACUUACUUUUAAUAAUCCGAAAUAAUUAAAUCGGAUAUUAUAAUUUUAUUAUUGUUAUUUUUGUUAUUAUUGCGGUGUCUCGACGUGUUUUUAUUUUCUAAUUACCAACCGGCUAUAUUAUAAUAUUUAAUCGGCAGUCUACGGCGACGGCGGUACCCACCUAUAUUACAAUAAUAAUUACCAUGUAUAGAUAGGCACCUAGACCUAUUAUACCUAUACCGUGGUAUACAUAAUAUACAAAAAUAAUAUUCAUUUCUAAUUUCUAUCUUUUCAACAAUUCACGCCUUUAGGAAAACCUAAACGAGUCUUAAAUAUUAUAUAUUUUAUUAGUAGCGAUGGCGGAUUGUGAAUGGCUCAUGGGGGAUGACAUGUAGAUCAUCGCCUCCAACCCGUUGAAUUUUUUUUCUUUCAAAAAAUUGUUACAUGAAUGAUUACCGUGCAUUGAGAUGCCUGCCCGAGACCAUACAAAUGGGUGGGGUGGGAGUGUCCAGCGGUGGCUUUCGUUUGGACGUGAAAAAUUUGAGUUUUGGACUUUUCCUUGAAAUUUGUUUUUCAGUUACGGUGUCGUGACUCGUGAGUGGACCUUAAAUUAUUAUGAUAUACCUGCAGUUACCUUGGAUGAGCCACUGAUUAGUUUAGUAAGUACUCAUCGAAUACUAUUAUCAUUUUGAUCGAGCAAAAUUUUACUUACAACAACAUUAAUAUAUAUAGUUGUAAAUUAUAAUCGUAUCCAUAAGUAGGCGAUUUAUAAUGUAAAAUAACAAAACACGCAUAUUCAGUAACCAAUAACUACUAAGUAAUACUUAUCCAUAAAUUUCAUUACCUACUUAUAACAGUUAGACCCCUAUUAUUGAAACAUUUAAUAUUAAAUAGAUUAGAUACUCUAUAUUAUUCAGUGGUGCGAACAGGGCAGGGGGUUAUAUCCCAGUCCUCUCCUAAUUUUUCUUUUACGAAUUCUACGCAGGUACCUACCUACCUAAUACCAUUUAUUAUAAUAUACAGUACAUACAAUCAGUGGUAAUACGUAUAGUUGAAUAAUUUUUAUCGCAAUUACAGGCAUUACAUUUCCUUAUAAUUUUAAUAAAUACGUGCACGUCGUCUAUUAAGUAAUUAUUUAUUAUCCAAAAUACCUGUCCAGAAAUUUGUUUGAGAUUUAUAAUUCCCCGCUCAAAAAUUAAAACUAGCUGGUUGCGCCAUUGCCUUUAUUAUUCGCGAUUAAAAUUUUAAAUCUUAAUGGUACCUACCUAGGUAAUUAUAUACUUAGGUAAUAUAGAAAUAAUUAUUACAUAGGUCAUACCUAGGUACAUAGCAAUUUACAUAGAUUCAAACUUAAUACAUUUUUAGUGAAUCUGUUAUUAAUGAUAAUACCUAGUUAAUAAAAACAAAAACAAGAAAAAAAACACAUUUAAAUCAUCAUACCUGACGUUAAUGAUGAAUUCAAUUAGUUAUAUUUUUUAUCGAUAUCGCAUGACAAUAAUAUUAUUAUACAUAUUUUAGAUUUAUGUAGACAAACAUUACUCAUCGCAGUGGCGUAUUUACGAGGAAGAUUAGAGAGAUAUUACUAGGCACAUAGAUUAUUACCUAUAAAAUAUUUAAAAAUUCAAUAUCUCCCUCCUUUGCAAAAUCUUAAGUACGCCACUGACUCAUCGUUAUGUGUUUUAGAAAAUUACGUAAUUUAAUUGUUUGCUAUUGUAUUUAUUGUGCGAACGAAAGUUUAUAAUAAUUUUUUUUGAGUGUUGAAAAUUGACUAAGAGAAAAGGUUUGGAACCCCUGCGCGUCCAUCCGAGACAGCCGCAAGCCGGGGCCAGCGCCGUAUAUUGUGCGACAGGAUUGAUUCUAAGAUUAUUAUUAUUAUGUCGCUAGGUUCAGACGAGUAGAUUUCAAUUAGUGCUCUUUUACAAUAAAUUCUAUUAGCAUCAUUGAGUUAAACUUUUUUUUUUCCUUCAAUUUCCACCCGUUGUAGUUAGUCAUUUAAAGAAAUUACAUUUGAUAAAUAAAUCUGUUAACAGUCCCCACGGCACGUACACACAUUUCAAUUCAGUAACCGUUCAGCUCUUGGCCCACUACGUUCGUGUUACUAGUACAUUGCACUUCUACAAAGAUCAGAUUUUUUUUUAACUAUACCCAUCCUACUGAUCUGGUCGUGCUUCCGAAAUGGCCAACGGUCUAAAAAAACUCGACGAAUACAAUUUGACUGUACUCCGUGAACAACUAUCGUUGCCUGCAAAUAAAUACUGCUUCGACUGUCACCAAAGAGGACCGACAUAUGUGAACGUUACCAUAGGCUCCUUCGUAUGCACAUCAUGUUCUGGAUUAUUGUAAGUACCUAACUACUUAAUAAUUAGAAAACCAAUAAUAGUUAAUUAUAUGACAUAUAAAUCAAUAUAUGUCCUCGACAAGGCUCCCGUAUACUUAUACAAAAAUUUGAACUUUUAAAUGCUGCUUUACUACAAUAACUGUAGGUUCCCAAAUUAUAUAAGUAUUUGCUUAAUACCGACCUAUACAAUUUAUUUAUUUAUUUUAAUUUUAAUCACUAAAUAAAUACAAACAUUUUGUUUACAAAAUAAUUUUUUACCUAUAUGUCGGAGUACCUAAUACCUAGGUAUUCUUAGAUUAAUAUACUUAGAUACCUAGGUACCUAAUUUAUUUUAUUUUUAUUGAAUGCAAGAUGUCUUUUGGGUAAUUAUAGAAAGAGUGUUUAAUAUUUUCAUUACUGAUAAAAUUCAUUCACAUAAGUUGGUCGGUACCGACAUUUAUGAUAAUUUCCAUAAACAAUAAACAUAUAGAUACCUAGGUAGUUACUAUAAAUGAAUUUGAAUGGAUUUUCAUUAAAUUAAGAAUUUUUCCAAGAUAAUUUCACACAUUGAUUUGAUAACAUUUUAGCCCAUAAAUACCUAUAUGUCUUAUUAAAUUAAAGUUUAUUUACAAUAUAAUAAUGACUAAUUUUAUUUUAAAUUUUGUAAGUUUAUUUACUAAAAACAUAUUUUUUUUUUAAAUUAUGUUUUUAUUUACUUUAACCUAAGUAGUUGUUUUUGGUCUGUGCAUUUUUCCCCUGACCCUUAUACAAAAUGUAAACUGUAGUUAUAUUUUAAAUUAUAACAUUGCAAAAAAAAUUUCACUGGUAAUAUUUAUUUAUUGAUCUGUUGAUCUGUUAUCACUAGAAACUAAUGUGAACAUUUUUCUAAUGUUAUAAAAUAUUUUAAAAAUAUUUUUGGAAAUAUUAAUAUUUGAAUGUCAUUUAUUGCUAAACCUACAUUUAACCUAUCUAUUAAAUUUACACUUUAACUUAAAAAUAAUAUCAUGACGGAUAUUUUAAGAUAAUAUACUUAAUUUUAUAAUAUUUAUAGCUAAAUACACUCCAAGAAAAUGUGAAUCUAAAAACAUGAGAAUAUACCAUGGUGUUUGUUCUAAAAUUCUACACGGUAACAACAAAUAAAUAUUUAAAUUAUGAUAACAACACAGGACAUUAAAAAAUUAUGUCUUAAUUGGAAUCUAAUUUUUUCAUUAUUUGCACCUACAAAUAUAUAAAAUAAAAAAAAAAAAAUGUGUAGGCUAGGUUUUUACUAAGUAUUAUUGGAAUCCCAUCCAGAAGAAUAUUCGACAUAAUUCUACUUUAGGGCCCAGGCGAUUUUUUGGAAUUUUUUUUUCAAAAUGUGUGUUUUUUCAUGCUAAAUUUAAUGCUGCUUUAUAAAAAAGUCUGUCAAUCUUCUUUCGGAAGUUAUUGUCAAAAAACUUCAAAAUUUUCGGUUUUUCUAAAAAUUGUGUUUUUAUUAAUAUUUUUGAAAGAUUUUUUUUUAAUUCAUAGUAUUUUUAUGCUAGCAUUUUGGUGAAAUUAGAAUUUACCAAUCAUACUUAUUUUUUCUGUUAAUGUCAAUAAACCAUGUAAAAUUUAACUGUAAAGUUAUUUCAAACAUUUGCAUAUUAAGAUAACUCAAAAUUGACUUUUUGGAAUUUUUUUUCAUUCGGUGGAUACACUAAGAAGUUUUUGGUGAAAUCAGAAUAUAGAAUAUGGAAAUAAUUUCGGAGUUAUAGCAAUUUAAAGUUGGUAAAAAAUAUGUAUCGUUUUAAAUAGUACAUUAUUGCAUUAUUAGUAUUAUAUUGCUUUCAUUAAUUUGUAACUGGUACACUCUAAAUACUUUUUCGGUUUUCCCUAUUAACUACCCGACGUGGUUUUGAAAAAAAUUUCGAAAGAUAUUAAUUUUUGAUAGUUUAAAUAUAAAAACACAAUUUUUGGAAAAACCGAAAAUUUUGAAGUUUUUUGACCAUAAUUUCCAAACAAAGUAUGACCGACUUUUUUAUAAAGCAGCAUUAAAUCAAGAAAGAAAAAACACACAUUUUGAAAAAAAAAUUCCAAAAAAUCGCCUGGGCCCUAAGGUAGAAUCGUUCAGAAUAUUUAAAAACCCUCACUAUCUAAAACAUAUUGUUUACUUUUAACAAAAAACUCUGAAAAUACUAUUUUUGUUAUCUUCUUAUAUUAUAGUGUACUUACAUAUUAUAUUAUAUUAUUAUCUUAUAUCAAUAAAAACUAUUACCUAAUUAGGUCUCCAAAAAAGUAUCUCUGGAAUUAUUUAUUCAUUUAUGGUAUAUACCUAGGUAAUUAUAUUUUAUUAAUUUAUCAUAAAUUACUUUAUUACUACUUAGCAUUUAGGUACAUAAUAAUUGUAUGAUAAAAUUUCAAUGAAUAGGUAGGGUAUUACACAUUUGGGUUACCUAUCUACAUGCAAGUAUUUAAAUUAUACAUCUAUCUAUUUUUUUAGUAUUAGGUACAAAUAUAUUUGGUAUUUAUAUUGAGUAAAAUUAAUGUUUUAUUUGAAGAAUAUAUAAUUAGGUACCUGCAUUUUGGUAUUUUAGUUUUCCAUUAUGUAAGAAAUUAUUGAUUUUAUUGUAAGUUUUCAAAACAAUUGUUAAGAUAAGUACCUUGGUAGGUAUAUCAUAUUUGUUUUAAAGCCUAAAUAUGUAGGAACACUUCAUUAUUAUUUUAUAGUUAUAAUAAUAACAAUAUAAUAAUAUUGUACAACAUUAAUGUUAAUAAGUGUAAUUUAUAGUAUCCCAAUUAAUUUGGUACCUAAUUCAUUAUGGUUUAAUGAACUUACAGUUUAUACAUACUUAUAUUAUGUACUGAUAGACAGUAGUAUAAAUGUUUAAAUGUUAAUAAAAUCACUUUAUAAUGUAAUUCUCUGUCUAUUUUGUCACUCAUUAAUCUCCUUAAUGCUAUUAUUUUAAUUAUGUGUGAUUUAUUAUAGGUACUUAAUAUUAACCACUAAGUGUCUCCUAUUAUACUGUCAUGUUUAUUAUGUUAAUAUUAAUUAAAUUAACAUUAAUUGAUUUACAGUUUUAAAAAUGUUAAAUAAUUAUGUAGUUUAAUGUAAUAUGUUUAGUCAGAUGUUGCAUAUUAUAUAUAAAGCGGCAUUUCUGAAUUGCACUUUUAGCCUGAGCCAGUCUUGUUAUGGUUUAACUACAGUCCAGGUAGCCAAGAUAAUUGAAUUGUGAUUAAUGACAAAUUUUAGGUAGCCAAGAUAACUGAAAAGUACCAAAAUUUGAUACUUAUACUAUAAAUACCUAAAAUUAAAAUUUUUUUUUUUUAAAUAGGUACUAUGAUAAUAAUAAUAAUAACAAUUAUUAUUAUAAUUAAUAAUAUAAUAUAAAAUUGUGUUAUUGUAAGGGUUAUUGUAGUAUUGUGCUAUUUUAAUUUUUCAAUAAAAACUUAUCAUGUUCAUAAUUUAUGUAAUUUUGUCAAAAAUUUAAAAUUAUUUUUGGGUUUAGAAAAAAAUAUUAAAUAAAAAAAUAAAAAAAAACAUAAACAAAAUACGUACCUAGAAAUAAUGGAAUAUUUUGUUCAAAAGUAUUUAAUAUAGUAUUUGAAUACGUUACAACACUAAGAACCAUUCUCACCAAUUUUUAAAAAAAGACGUUUGUAUGAUUAUUAAACUGAGUUUAUGGCUGACAACUGAUCACAAUCAGUCGAUUAUAUCUUACAAAUUCCGUUUAAAAAUUGUAAUAUUGUAACAUAUUAUGUUUUAAAAUUUUUAUUUAGGUUUGACACUAUUGUGCUAAGGUUCUAAGAAAUUAUUUCUUUAUAAGAUUCAUUUUUAGAUUUGUUGGGAUGGGAUCUAUUGGUCAGAUUUUACUAUGUAAAUUUAGUGUUUAUUUAUUCAAACAUUUUUUUUUCUGUCAACGAAACAACUUUUCUACAAAAAAUGUUGCUCUGAUUUUCAAGUGUAGUACUCAACUCCUACAACAGUGCCUACCUAUCGUGCAAAGUAUGUUUUUGUGUUUUUUAUUGUAAUUCAGUAAUUCUUAUUCUCAAUAAUUGUAAUUCUUAGAGAUUUGAAAAUUUGACGGAAAACUUAUAUUUGUCUUUUCUAGACAUAGUACAAUUUUGAAAACAUUUUAUCGACUUUUUUUAGUUAGUUAUAGCUUUAUAUAUUGGCAUAUAUAUUUAUAAGAUUUUUACAUUGAUUUUAUUUGAUAGGUACUUUGUGGAUAUAAUUGUUUGACCAAACAAAAAUGCUUGAAAAAUUAAGAUGAGAUUUAUUAUAAGUUGUAGAUAGUGGUAAAAAAAAAAAAAAAUAGAGUGUAAUGUAGUAAUUUUUUUAUAAUAGUUUUAAGAUCAAGUUUUGAUGAAAAUCGCAAAUAUCAUGGCCUUUCAAAUCAGGUAUAACCAAACUUUAUGUAUCUUACUUUCCUAACUUCCAUCUACAACAAUGGUGUAUACAUUAGCAAAAUCAGACAUUUUUUUGUUUUUAAUUAUUCGUAGGUGAUUAAUUUUUCACCAAAGAUAAUUGUUUUUGGAUAAAUAAAAUUGUGAUAAAUGCAUUUCUUAAAUAUUACUUUGUCUAUAUUUUUUUCAUCUUUAUGGUUAAAUCAUUUCUAAUUUUUAUGUAGUUUUAGUUAAAAUUUAUUUUAGUGUGUUUAUAACAAAGAUCCAAAUUAAAAUUUUUACUCUUAAAAUCAUCUCAUAAAUAAAAAUAGUUUAUAAUUUUUUUCCAGUUAAAUUCAAUUAUUUUGUAUGUAAUUUAUGUGUUUUAAUAAUGGUAAUGACUAAUAUAUUAUUGAAAACCUUACUUUAGUUAAAUAUGAGUGAUUAAGUAGGUAGGUACUAUAAAAUUUCAACCUAAGAAUACUUACUUUUCACAUGUAGAACUGGAUGUUGUACAUAGUAAAAGGAUUGAAAAAUAUAAUUACAUAUUAAAAUUGACUAACUCUCAUAGUUAACAGUGGGAGGAUAGUGUUCUAAAUUGUUGACGAUUGUGAUUAUUUGUUAAAUUUUUUUCCCAAAUGGUUUAUAUAAUGGCCUGUUAUGUGUCAAUAAAAUGACAGAUACACAUAUGGCGGAUGUAUGAUAAACAUAAUUGCAUAGUUAUAAAACAGCAAGUUGUGUGGCAUGUUUUUUUUAAAAUUGCAUAUUUAUUUCAUAGACGAGGACUAACUCCACCGCAUAGAGUUAAAAGUAUUUCAAUGGCUACAUUUAACACCGAAGAAAUCGACUUCAUCAAAUCAAGAGGAAACGAGGUAAAUUAAAACAAAAUUGUAUUAUGUAUAUUUUAGAAACUCUUAAAUUUUUUUCUUAUCAUACUGGUUAGAUAUUGUGAAUUUUACCAAUGCACGCCUAUAUUAUAAAUAAUAAAUUUAAUUGGUAACACAUAAUAUAUAUUUAUACAUAUUCCUUAUUUAAGGGUUUGAAGUAUAGAUGUACAUAUUUUUUCUACAGAACCUAAUGUAAUUAGCUUAAUUUUAAUACAAAAUAUUAUUAUUUGCAUUAAAUUGAAUUUUCCCAAAACUGAUUCAGCCUAGUUUUUAUUGAUUUACUUUUUAGUUAGCAAAAUAAUAAUAAAUAGUGUACAAUAUUACAUGUCUGAAAUUAAAAUACAUUUAUUUUACUUUCUCCAUUACUUCACUAUGGACAAUGAAUAUUCCUAUUAUAUAUGGUGUCAUAAAUCUUGUUCCGCUGUUCAGGUUAAACCAUAAUAAUGAGUUGUAGACCAAAAUCAUACUAAAAUGAAUUAUUAAAGAAAAUUGAAUUAUGAAAACUUAGGUAAAUAUUAUUAAAAUAUUUAGAGCGUAAAAACAGUAAUUUUACUCUUCAAGAUUUAGAGAACGUAAUAAUAAUUGUAAUUUAUAUGUUUGUACAUACUUGUACAAUAAGUUAUUAUUAUAAUGAUAUGUUGUAUUCAUAAUAGUUUUAAUAUAUUUAUAAAAAUUGGAUUAUUAUUUAACAGUACUUAAUGCAAACCUAAUGUUAUUUUCAGAUUGUAAGUAGGCACCCAUUUUCGUUCCAAACUACCGAUUUUAGGGUUUUCUGUUUGGCAUUCUGCGAAACCUUGCUUUGCUUUCAUCUCGGCUUCUUAAUUUUCCAAUCGAUUUUGAUAACAGUUUACAGGAAGGUGUGUUGUGUGGAUUGACAUAUCAAUUGUGUAGUUGACAAAUUAAUUUAAGGGUGGUUUUUUUUUUUUUUUUACAUAAAACCCGGAGAUAAACUAUUUUAUUUUUCAUGCGUCCCAUUUUUGGUUUUUGAUUUUGUUCAAGAAAGUAGCACAAGGAAGUAAACACUUUCAUUGAAAAUUUGUCUAAACAUAAUGAAAUUAGACAUGUUAACUAUAUCAAUAUUAAAUAAAAUAUUUAAAGAGGAUGUAGAAUAUUUGUUAUCUUUUAUCUUUCCAACAUAUACUAUUAUGGAAAAAUGUGUUUUCAUACUUCUAAUAAUCUCAGACCUGAUUGUAUAAACUUAAUUUUGGUUUCAAAAUAAACAUACGAAGUUUCAUUAAAUGUUAGUAAAAGAUAUUUAUUUUUUUAACCAAUUUAAAUUUUCCCUUUAUAAAAAUAUUUUGGAAAAAAUUAUUUAAAAUCAGCAGAUUAAGGUUUAAAAAUAAAACUGUUCUGUAGACAUUUAGUAAAACUUCUGUUUAUUUUGUUACAAUGUUUUGGCACACGAGUUUAUGCAAACUGAACUACACUUGAGUACUAUUGGAGGUACAUUAACACAUUUUUCUUAUGUUACCUGUUAAAUCUUUAAGGAAAAUUCACGUUAGACAACCUGUGUAAAAUAUUUUAUAUUGUCGGCUACUUAGUAAAGCCUUGUAAAUUGAUUUCAUAAAAUUUUGCCAAACUGUUAAGAAAACCACAACAAAUUAACUACCCUAUGCACCAAAUAGAUCAAACUUUUUACAAGGUAAUUCCUAUAAAGUUUUUGAUUGGAGCAAGAUUUCUGUCAAAAAAGUUGUUUUCAGAUACAAACAAAAACGACAUAUGAGGUUUAGCUGAGUAGCUGAUGAUAUAUAAGUACGUAUAUAGUAUACACAUCACACAUUGCUAAAUUGAUAAGUGUAUGACAUGCACUCGGCCGGGAUUUUUUAAUAUUUCAUUGAUAUUGAAUAAAAAAUAGAUUAGGAUGCAUGUCUAUGCAUCCUAAUUGCAUCCAUAGAAAAAAAAAAAAAUCAAAAAUUAAUAGAUAUUUAAAAGGGAACGCGUAAAAACCUGAAGUGUAAAAACUUGGAUGGUACAAAUCUGGAAUAUAAAAUUUUAUGACUGAAAAAUACUUGAACAUUCAACAUAAGAUUCUUUAUAAGUUUUACGUGCGCGAGUUGUUUUAAAUAUUAAAUUCCAAAUUUUUACUAAUUUUAAAAGUUUAUAUUCCAGAUUUUUUCGUGGACCCAUUCGAAAUUACCCUAUUUUUACGAUUUUCAUUAGUUAUAAUUUUAAACGCUUGUAAAAAAAUAAUACUAAUGACAUUCAAUUUAAUUUGUUUAACAUCAAGUUCAACUGAUAACAAACCCUGUCUUAAAUUUUUGAGCAUUUUUGCAGGUUUAAACAAAUUUUAACCAUAUAAUAAAACCAAAUAAAAGCUCAAAAAUAGCUUGAUAAUUUCAAAUUGUUACAAGCGGCUCAAAAAUUGCCAGAUUGUUUUGAAAAUUAUAGCAUAUUAUCACGCUUAUAAAGAGUGCUAAUAUAACAUAUUAUAAAGCAUAUGCCAUUAUACUAUUUAUAAAUAGUAUAAUGUGUUAAUCGAUGAACAUUUCAGGCCCCUACCAUUAUUUUUAACCAAAGUACAAAAAAAAUUAAACGAAAAUAAUAGACAGUCGUUAUACCUAAAUUAAUUUUUCUGUUUAUCCUACGUUUUUUCCCUAUUAUUUUUUAAAAUUGUUAUAAUAAUUUAAGAAAAUUUCAGAGUUCUGAUAGAAAAGUUUUUACAAAUGAAAAACAAAAAAAACAACAGUAAAACAAAACUUCACUUCGUUCAGAGUUUAAACAUUUCUUAUUGAAAACUAUACAAUAUAAUAUAUUUUUAACCAUACCAUUUAUAUAAAUGUAUACAUAUUAUUGGGGACGAAAUUUCGGAUACCUCGCGAAUUAUUACGAAUUUCUCGUCAUACUAGAUUAUUGACAAUAUUUUUUCAAUCUUGAUUAUAAUAGGCGGAACUACGGAGUAGACAGCAUGCAGCUGCUUCUCCUGCGGAUACUUCCUCCAACUAUGAAUGUAUACGUUUUAUAGAUACCUUAUAUUAUAUAUUAGGUUUUAUAAUUUAAUCAUAGGCCAUACGUGUAUGGCUAAAAAAUAUUGAAAAGUCGUAGUCUCAUAUUUUUACAAUUUUUAACUAAAAACCAUGAAAUUUACCACCACCUUUUUUAGAAAUGACAUAAUUAGGCCAAUGAAAGGUAAUUCGGAGAAAACAAUAAAAAAUUACAUUAAAAAAACAAAUUUUAAAAUACUUCCAGAAUUCUUUUCGUACAUUUUCCCGUAAUUUCUACGUAUUUGUCGGUUUCGCUCAAUUAUUAAUAAAACUACAAGGAAAAUCAAAAAACGACGUUCUUGGUAACCAUCUAGAUUAAAAAUUCAACUAUAAAUAUCUCUUGAUGUUUCUAUAUUGGAGAAAUAUUUAUGGUAGAAAACAUAAGCAGUAUCAAUUUAAAAUAAUGAAAUCGUGCCGUAAUUUGAAAAAAAAAAAUCGUAUAUUUCGUCUUUUUUUUGUUUUCCCAAUUAUUAUGAAACAUAUUUUAUGUAUCAAGAAACAACUUUCUUUGUCAGUAGCAAAGUGUUAUAAGGAACAUAAUCGAUUUCUUAUCAUUUUUAGAUUGGAGUAAUAUUUAUGGUAGAAAAAAUAAGUUGAAUAUAUUAAAAUAUUAUACAAAGACGCUACAUUGCUGUAAAUAUUAAUCAAUUUUAAAUUUUCGGUUUUUCCUAAUUAUUAGGAAAAAUACUUCUGAUAUUCAAAAUCUACUUACGAUGUCAGUAGCGAAAUAUUGUAAGAAAUAAAAUCAAUCUCUUGUUAUUUUUAGUUUGGAGCAACAUUUCGAGUAGAAAACUUAAGUAUAACACAAUUAAUACCAUAAAAAGGGUAACGCCAUAUCGUGUCGUUACCGUGUUUUACCUAGAAUUGUCUUUCGGUUUUUUCCAAUUAUUUUUAAAACCCCUUGAAAAAUCAAAAACUUACCUCAAUGCACCAACUAAAGAAAAAAUAACUUUCUCACAGGACGAUUCUCUAUUUCGUAAAUAAAUGUUAAAAAUAUUUAGUCAAGGAAUAUUAAGUCACUUAGAAUUUGACGUCUUUUUAUUUUAGCGAUUCUAUACAUUGAUAAUUUACCCGAAUUUUAAACGAAUAAAAGUAUAAAAGCCAAUAAAAUAUUGAAUGACUUAAUCUAAACACAAUAAUAUUGUCAACAAUGAAUAAUAAAUUCAUACUUGAUAACACUUAAAAAAAAUUAAAGUUCAAUAAUUGGUUAAAGUUUAAACUUUCAAAGUUUUUAUGCGUUAUCUAGUCUAACGAAUCGUUUAUAUAUUUAUUAAGUGUUGUGUGUUUUAAAUAACUAACAAAAUCGAAUUAUUUCAGGAGUUCUUUGGUAAUGCACCUAUUAACACUUGACUGACUAACCUGGUACAAAGAAUCAUUACCUAUUCUUCUUUGGUAGCCAAAAAUUGGAUCAUAAAAAAUACCUAAAUUCCAUAAUGUAUUUACUAUUUAAACUAUAAUAUUUAGGUAGGUACUUGAUUAUACAUAUUAUUUUUUCCUUCUAAAUAUCAUGAUACAAUUCAAAUUUUUAGUAAUUAAUGAAGUAUAAUUAACUAUCAUUAGUUAGUUCAGUUAAAAAAAAUUUUAAUUUUAUACAUUAUUAAAAAAAAUUGAUACAUCUGAAUUUGAUAUUCAAAAUAGGGAUUGCCUUUUUAAAAAAAAAAAAAAAUUUUAUUGCGCAUGCUCAAAAUAUAAGAGUUAAAAAAAUUGUAAGUUGCAGGAAUUUAAGAUUUAAGAAGGCUGUUACAUUAUAUAUUAGGCUGUUUUGAAUUUUAAUUUUUUUUUUUUCGAAUUAAGACUGGAAAUUGCUUCCUUGUGGUCUCAAACCUAAUCGAAAAAAAAUGUUUAUUACUUGCUUAUUGUAUUUUUAGUUUUUCUAGUUAAAUAACAUAGGGAACUAACAAUACUUUAAUUUACUCAUUAGUUCGAAAGUUACCAGGUCGUUCAUAGAUUUUUUCUUGAAGAUCAAAAAAAUAUAUAUAGAAUUCGCUUGAAUCAAUCAAGUGAAAUGUUACUGAUAUAAGAAUAGCUCAUUCAUAGAAAUCUAUACUAAUUGAAUUUUAUGUACAUAUAAUGUAGUUUUACUUUUAGGUUUUUUCAUUUUCUACAAUUUUUUGAAGUUUUUGCAUAUGUGAAUAUUAUUAUGGUUUAUAAUCUAUUAUAAUAUUCAAUCUGUAGUCAGAGCACAUCAAAUGACAAGCUUUUUUCUUUCCAUAAGUUAAUAUCAUAUAAAUACUACUACUUAGUUCCCCUUCAUCAAAAAAAAAUUAUAUUGAGAAUAUCAAAAAGAAUAAAAGUUAUUUCAAGUGUUAGAUCAUUGUGGUCCACCACCGUAGAUGUAAUCAAGUUCAUAAAAAAUGGUUUGAAAAAUAUUGUAUUAAAGUAUCAACUAAGCAAUAAUAAAAUCCAGAUUCAAUAUUUGAUAUUUAUCAAUAGACAUUUUGAAAAAUAUAUAAAAAAAAAAAAUUAACACAGAAAAUUAUCUAGGUAAAUAGUGUUUUUAAUUAUGAAAUUCUUAGAAUCUGAGUGGUUUUUACUUUAUUUUAUGUAUCUAUUUAAAAUUAACUUAUAAUACACAUAAUUAUAUUUUCUAUUUUAACGAGUUUAGAUUUGGUUUGUUUUAUAUAUAUACACUAAAUAACAUGUUCUCAAUUGUUUAUUAAGUUAAUUUUGGCAGCAAUAAUUUCAUCAUCCUCAUGAUUACAUCAUUUGUAUUGGGCUUAUUUAUAUUUUGUUGACACAGUUAGUAGUAGUAGUAGUAAUAGUAAUGUUGUAUUGUGUAGUGUUUACAAAUAUUUAUUUUAUUUGAAGCAGCAGUGAUUCGUCUUUUGUCUAUUAAAUACUACUGCCAGAAAACAAUUUUUGGGUAAAAAAUUAUCCAUUAAUCAUUUUUAAUAUUAACUCAUUUUUUGAAUGAUUAAAUAGAUACAUCCAAAUAAGUAAAAAAAAUCUGUUGAAUGGGGUGGAUUCAUACAGAUUCUGAAAAAAUUUCAUUUUUCAUGAAAUAUAUUUGGUGUUAAAUUGCCCUCUUUUCUAAUGUAUCUGCAUAAAGUUUUCCUAGUUAAUUUGUUUAACCUAAAUAAUAUUAUAGUAUUUGAUAAAUAAAUAACAGUUUUAUCAAUUUUAAACUCAUUCAAAUUUAUUAUAAUUUAAACAAAUAAUCAACAUUUAAAAUUUAUUUAAAGGCACUUUUUUUGAGUUUUUCUAAUAAUUAUUAAUUUAUUAAGAUUUGUUGAUUCAAAGAUUAUGUUUAUUAUACUAAAUAAUAUACAUAUGCAAUAUUAUAUAAAUAUUCAAAUUCAUUCCAAAUUAAAUUGACUGUAUGUACCUAUGUUUAAUGUAAUAAGUAAACAAUUGUAAAAACUUAAUAUGAUUUGGUUAAUAAUGUAUGUAAUAUUUAUAAUAAACCUUUUCAAUUUUUAAUUUUUUUUCUACAUAUUUUAGAACUGUCAAAGAGUUUGGUUAGGAAUGUAUGACUCAAAACAACCUACCAAUGAUGAAAAACAAAUUAAAGAUUUCAUGGUAUCCAAAUAUGAAAAAAAAAUGUAUUACUCUGAUCCAGUUUCCCUAAAAUUAACAAAUGGUGUUCAGUCAAAAUCCACUAUUACUACUGUUACUUCAAGUUAUCAAGUAAUUAUAAAAUAUUUGUGUAGAGUUAAGUACUUAAUGUUGUAGUAUGUUAUUAUUUCCUUAUUCCAGUGGUUUUUAGCCUGGUUCCCAGGGGUUUCGUGGUUUAAUAUCAAGGGAGCCAUGUCUAAUAAUAAAUAUAGUAGAAUAAUAUAGUAAAUGUAUUUAUAUAUAUUUUUAUAUUAUUAUCAUUAUUUGUAAGGGAGCAGCUAAUUUAAAUUUAAAAAUCAGAAGAGCAGUGAACCUAAAAGGGUUGAAAACCACUACCCUAUUCAAUUUAAAAGUUUUAAAUCAAAUUAAAAUGAUCCAAUAUGCAAGGAAAUUAAACAUAUUAAUGUUUUCUUAUAAUUGAUAAAAUUUCUUACUUAAUUAGUUUAUUAUUACUUUGUUAGUAAAUAUAGCAAAUUUUUAUAAAACAAUUUUUUUUCAUAUAGAUUUAUUAUUAUUAUUUUAAUUUAUCAUUUAUUAAUUAUGACUAUGCUCAAAAUGUAUUGUUAAUUAAUUAAAUGAUUCAAUUAUUAGUAGGUAUACAUAAUAUAUUUUUUUUACAGUUAUAAAAAUAAUUGACUAGUCUGCUUACUACCUAUUGUAUCUAAUUUAAUUAAUUAAUACAAUUCUAUUUAAAGGUAGUUUUGAAUAUGUAAAAAUAUUUAAAUUGUUAAAUCUAAUACAUUGAUAUAAACUAACGCAUUUAAUACAAAUUUUGCAGUAUAUGUCAAAUUUAAUUGAUACUGACAUUUAAUAUUAUAUAAUUUCUCUGCAAUAUUAGAAAUAUUUAUUUAUGUGUUAAAAUUUAUUUACAGAAUCUUAGUAAUAAUAUUACUACACCAGUCAUAAAUAUAUCAACACCAAAUAAAUUUGAAUUUUUAAAAGAAGAACCUCCUAACCAAAAUCAAUCUCCUAUUCAUCAAACAUCUCAAUCUUUUGCAAAUUUUGAUAAUAAUCCAGCCUUUUCCACAUCUUUUGAUAAUUCAAACAACAUUGGUAUGUAUUACACUAAUAUAACUUUACAUUUAAAUUAUUAAAAAUGUAUGUAGGUUUUUAUUCUAUACCAUGAAUUUUCACUAGUGAAACUUAACCAAGAGUUUUUGAGUUUAAAUAUUGGAUCAAUAAUUGUUUGACUUCAAAUUAUGAUAUGAAUGUUAAAACUUGGUUAAAAUUUAUAUUAUUUUAUUUUAAUCUUAUGUUCAAUUUUUUUUUAAUACUUUACAUGCCUUAAAAUUUUUAAUGUACUUGAUAUUUAUAUAAUGAUGUUAUAAUUUUGUUGUAUAUAUUAUAUUUAAAUGUUUCAUAUUUAAUAAGUUAAAUUAAAAGCAAUUUAUACCUGUAAAUUUGCAUAAAUAUUUGUCCAUAAUUUUGCGAAAACAUCAGUUUCCUAUUAAUUUUUAUUUUAGUUCAAUAGCUGAUGUUGAGAAUGUCUAAGUACCUAGAAUAUUUUGCACAAAAAAAAUGGUGGAUUCAACAAGAAUGUAUAAAAUAGUAUUAUGACUUGUGGUUGAAUCAUGUGGAGAGAAGCAUUUUAUGUGACAAAAUAAUUCCAAUGAGAUUUACAUAAGUUCUAUAAUAGUGUGGUGAGACUUUGUUGUAUGGUUUGUUCUGUAGACAGAAAAAUAGAACCGAAUGAGUGUAGCAGAGAUGGGAAUGCUUAGGUUAGAGGUUUCCAGCUUUUUUUGAAACAGGACACCCUAAAAUAAUUUCUAAAAAUCUGGAGGUACCCUAUGAUGUUAUAUUGUGUAUUUAUACUUUUAUUUUAUACAUUUGGUUUUCUUUAGCUAGGUAUAUAAGUAACCUAACAUAUUAUGAUAACAGAUAUUAUAUUUAAUACAAAUUUAAAUAUUUUUAACAUAAAUUAUAUAAUUCUAAAUAGGUAAACUAUGAGACUAAUACUAAUUAUUAAUUUUUGAGAUACUUGGGCUUGUUUUUUUUAUACAUAUCCUUUAUUCAUGGUCUAAUUGUUAAAAGACAUUCUUUCAUUUUUUAUUCAAUGAACUCGAGCUUCAUCAUUUUAUUUGUCCACUUAAGAUUUAGGAAAGUUGAGAGGAGAUAGAAUAAGGAAUGAGUACACAAUUAGAGGAAAUAGAUUGCUAUGAUUUGGCUUGUAAUCAAAGAGCUAAUAGUAGUAGAAGGAAUGGUUAUGAAAAUAUAUUUAUGUGAAAAGAUAAAACUGAAAAAAAUGUAGUUGGAUGUGAUUAAGAAUGAUAUAAGAAUGACCUGUGCAUGAAAAGAUUAUGUGAGAGAUUGGGUCAAGUGAACAUUUUGGACAAGGACACCUGAGUUUAAAUGGUUGAGAUGUAAAAAAAAAUUGUUGAAUAUAUUAGCUAGAAUAAUUUAAAAAAAAAAAUGUAAAAUACACUUUUUAGUAAAAAAAUAAAUCUUAAUUUUUAUUGUAAAUAAUGUGAUAAGCUUGAUAAUUUAUUAUAUAUAUAGAUAUUCUAUAUUUUAUUUAAACUUUAUAAAGUUAGGAUAUUAAAAAUCUGACUAAUAUUCUAUUUAUACUACAUUAAUGAUUCAAUUUAAAAAUAAAAUAAUUAAUUAAAUACAAAUUUUAUUUUAAAAUUUUUUAUACCUUCAUAAACUGCAAUACAAAUAAAAAUGAUUUCACUUUCUGACUUAAGCUUUGAAGGAAUGGAAAGGUAAAAACGAUAACCUAAUAUUUAUUGGUUUCUGUUAAGACUUAAAUUUAAAGUUUGUUCAACCGCUACAAACUGGAUAUGUUGAUUAUUUGACAUCAAAUUCAAUACAUUUUUCACCAGCAAGGCAACCAAACAACAUAAAUAAUCGAUGGAGUGAGUUUUAAAUUGGUUUCAUGUUAUGAUUCCAAUUAGCCUUGAUUAUGUUUAUAAAGCUUGAAGAAUGUUUACAUGAUUGUUUGUAAUGGCACAAUUUUUUUUUAAAUUUAUUGGCUUGGUUAUAUUUUUGUUUUAAGUUUUAUCUAUUAAAUCCUAAUUUUGGGCACAACUAUCUUAGUUUAAAAAAAUAUAUUUUCUAUACAAUUUGUAUGUUAGGUUAUUAUUUUUCAGUUUGAACUUAAAAAUUACUAAUUUGAAAAAAAAAACCAGACUUUUCAUAAAAUUCAAUGCUUUAGAUGAGAGGUAGAUAUAUGUGAUAUUGGUUUGUUUAAAUACUGAAAACAAACAAUUAACCAUUGCAUUCAAAAAAUAAUUCUUAGUGGAUUACAUAACUUUGAAAAGUUUGCUAAUAUUAUAAUUGUUUUUUUUUUUUUUAUUUCAUAAUUUGUAUGUUAUGAAUAGUAUAUUUCCAAGAUAUAACCUUUAGAGUAUUUUUUCGACUGACAUUAGCUAUCUAGAACAUUCAUAGAUCUUAAUAAAAUUAAGUGUUUUGUGUAAUGUAUAAAUUCAUCAAUGGUGUAUCAAAUAUUACAAUACCUUUUAUUUUGUUUUAAUAAUAUAAAUGAAAUGUUGUCAAUACAUAUUGCUAUAUUUGAUUAUAGUUAAUAUAGAUACAAAUUUAUAUAAAUAGAAUAUUAAGAAGAACCUAUUUUUUUUUAAUUUUUCACCUAAAUAGUUUUAAAAUUGAUGAUGAAAAUAAUUUAAAAAUAUAUUAAAUUUCAGUUAUAAAUUGGUUUUCAAAUGUCUAAUGUAUUCUAAUAUUCCAAGUCUGACAAUGUAGUUAUUUAAAAUGUUUGGAAAAUAUAUUGCACAAGUAUUUGCACAACAAUUAAUAAUAUUAAUAAUUAUUAUUUUUAUACAUUAAAAAUUACCAACGCAUGUUAGUAUUUUGUGAGUGUAUUUUUAUUCCAUAAAAAAUUAAUUAGUAAUUUAUAGAAUUUUCCUAUAUUUUUUUUAUUUGGUGAUUUUUAUCAAUUAAAUUAUCUUUUAUUUUAAAACUUAUCUAUAAUCUAUAAACAUAAAAAAUGAACCCCAAUUAGUAUAGGGCCUGAAAUUAAAUUUUUUUUUUUUAGUUUUUGAGGUAGCACUAUUAUAUUAUCCCUUCAGUUUUAAAUGUAGUUCUUGUAUUUUUUCCAUGUAGUGUUAAACACUUUGCUGUAGCCAAUUUGCUGAUAUUAUGAUGAGGCAUAAUUUUUGAGACACCAAUUAGACAAUCAAUAAAUAAAUCAUCACUAUUUAAAAAAAAAAAAAAGAAAAAAAAUUAUUCCAAUUUUCAAUCAUAAUUAUUUUUAUAUUUAUAACAUGUAUAUGUUUAAUAUAAUAUUUUUAUUUAGCUUAUUCAGUAUUUUAGAAUUGUGAUUUUUGUUUUAUAGUAAUCAUUAAUAACAUGUAAUAUUAUAUCUGCACUAAAAUAAAUUAAAACAACAUGUUAAUGCCUAUUUGUUUAUUAUGCCAAUUAUUAUACAUUGUUGGACAUAUAAUUGUAGGUGUUGCAGUAGAAAGUACAAGUCCUAGUACUAGUUGGACAUCAAAUGGUUCACAAGCACCAUCUGAAGACCGUUAUGCUGCUUUAAAAGAUCUCGAUUAUUUGAUGAAAUCUCAAGUUCAACAAGACAUUACUCCACAAAUAGAUAAUAGUAACAAUUCUGCAUGGUGUAAGUAAAAAUAUUGUUUUAUUUUCAAGAGAAAAAUUAACUUCAAAUAAUCAUUAAAGGUUCUGACGCACCUUUGAAUGGUACAUGGAGCAGUCAGGUUUCAGAAAAUACAACCCAAAACCCUUUCAAAAGUAAUAACAUGUUAAUAUUUAUUUUAAAAAAAUCAAUUAUUUCUUACUACUAGUUUAUUUAUUUAUUUUACCUAAUUAUAGCAGACUCUGUUCAGGACAGUUGGACAACAUCAAACCAUGUAGUUAAUCCAUUUGUGAAUAACAAAACAGGUAUUUAUACUUUAGAGAACAUUUGUUUAAUUUAUUUUUUAUACUUUCAAUAUUUAUAGUUAUAUUCAUUAUACAUACAAUAUAAAAUCUAUUGUUUAUUGAUAUAUAUGAUGGUAAACUGAUAAUACAAUAGAUGAGCAAAGCUGAGUUAAUGACUUUUUAUGACUUUAAAGAUUGUAUAAUAUUCCUAUAUUCUAGUAUUAGUUUUUUUUUUUAGAUGAUUGGCAGAAUAAUAUUCAAUGGCCUAAUGGUUUAACUACUAGUCAAUCAAUGGGUUUUGAAGAUGUAAAGCCAUGGAGUGCAGACUUUUCCAACCCUUUUAAAGUAUAAUAAAAUUAUAUUUAUUACUUUGUACUUAUUUAAAAGCUUGGCAGUUAAUAUUAAAUUAUUUUUAUUUGUAUAGGUUGGAUCAUCUUCUCCAUUAAACAAACAUUCAAGCAAUCCAUUUUUAUAACACCUAUUUGUGGUCUGGCUAAACUAAAAGGAAAUACCAUACUAUCUGGUAAAUUUAAAAUAAAAACAUUAUGAUCAUGCAUAUUCAAAAAAAUAAUGGAUUUAUUUUAUUGUAUUUUAAUUGAAAUAAAAUAAAAAUAAAAAAAAAAACAAUGAAUAAAAUAUAAUUUAAUAGGAAUAUUAAUUAUUAGUAACAUUGUUAAGAUGCAUUAUAUAAUAACUUAUAAGCAUAAUAAGCUAUUAAUAUGGGCAACCUAUUUAGAACUUUUCCUACUUUCAAAUUCAUACAAAUAUCUAGUCUUGCAAAUAUUUGUAGUUUGUUUCAAAUUUUUACAUAUUUUUCCUGUUUGUUAUUUUUUUAAAAUGAAAAUUAAAUUUAAACUAUUUGUAUAAGUCUUGGACAUAAAGAUAAAUCAUUAGUUAUGUUAUUUCAUAUUUAUGUUUGCAAUAUUUCAAUGUUAUCAGUAUAUCAAAUAAAUUGAGUAACCUUAUAAUUAGUCAAUAUUAAAAAAAUAAAACAUUUUCAUUUUAUAAUAAUUUAUAGGUGUAUUCACCAACAAUUUUCUUUUCUAUACAAUAAUAGAGUCUUAACAAUAUGUCACUGGUGGCCUGGGGUAUAAACAGUUUACAGAAUAAGUUAAAGAAGUAUUAAAUAUUUUUCUAUUAUAAUUGACACUUAUUUCAGACUUCAAAACUAAAUAAACUAAACAAAUGUAUUUUGUAUACAUCAUUUAUUAUUGUUAUUCAUUAUUUAUUUCUUUUUUCUGUAAUUUAUGUCCAUUUGUGUUUGAAUUUGUAUGAGCAAACUAAUUUGUCAGUAUCAUCAUUAAUGUAUGGGACCAAGUUAUUGUAUGUUUAUCAGUUUGUGAUAUGACUAGAUUAUUAAGACUCAAAAUUGUAUGUAAUUUAUAGAGAUCUAUUUUAGUAUAUUCUUAUUUUUUUUCCCACAUAUAUCAAAGAUUAAUAUAAUCCUGUAUUAUUUUGUCAGUUUCAAUAUUUUUUUGACAUUUUCAUAUACCAUAAAGAUAAUAUUUUACAUUAUUUUUAGUUCAAGUAAAUGUUUAAUUUUCCAGUUUUAAAAUUUAAAUUUAUUAAAAAUUAUUUUAUGACUACAAAAUAUAUAGUUUUAUAUGUAUCUACAUGUUUGUUAUACAUUAUAUUAAAUUCUAUAAAAUAUUUAUUUUAUGUUAACAUUUAAGAAGGCUUUGUUAGGUUAAAGCAAUUAGUUAUAUUUAUGUAGAAAUAAGUGCAAUUUUUAAAUAUUGGGACUAUUGAAAAGUAUACGGUUUAUGCAUUAUAAGAUACCUAUCAUUAAGUUUCCUUGUAAAAAUCAAUAAUUUACUUUUAUUGAAUCUCUAUAUUUAUAUUAACAUAAUCAUAAUUUACUUAUAAUUAUAUCAUUCAUAUCUCCUACAUGUUAACUAUUAGAUUUUUAACAAUAUUUUUAUUUAAUUAUUAAUUUUAUUAAUUUGUUCAUAUUUUAUUAUAAUAUAAGUUCAUUUUGCAAAAACUCAUAUUGUAAGAUAGUGGCAUAACCAGGGGGAAAGUCCCGUGUCUGGUUCUCCUUUUAUCCUCGAUAUAUAUAAAAAUCUAUACAUCAAAAUAGUUUUUUAAUCUGGAAUUUUGAGGGGAAACAAUUUAACAAUUGUAUAAUAAUAUAAGGCUUUGGGCCCCUUAAAAACAUUCUAAUUGAAUCACUGUUCCAAAAUUUCUUAUCUGUAGUGAUUAACAUUAUUUAAUUAAUACUUUAAUUUUGAACAAAAUAUGAUUGACCUAAUUAAUUGACCAUGUGUUUUUAUAAUUUAGAAAUAUUUUUAAUUUUUAUAAUUAUUAUACAAUUGAAAACAAGUGUUAUCAUCAAAGCUAAAUAUUAUUUUAUUUAAUUUUUAAGUUAUAUAUGUUUAUGAAAGUUAACCUAAUUAUUUGUUGUUAAUCAUUUGAAUUAUUUAUAUUUAAAAAAUUAAUCAGAAUUUGUUUGAAAGGAAAAAAAAAUAUUUAGUUAUUUUAAAAAAUUGUUUAAAAAACAUUAAUAUCAUCUAGCAUCAAAUAAAUCAUGAUAAGCGGUAAGGAAAACUAUAAUGUACAUCAUAAAUUAAUAAUUUGCUGUAUUCUGACAGUAGUCAUUAAUUUAUGUUUAUAUCUUUUAAAAUAAUUUUUAUUUAGUAGCAUAUAAAUUAAUUAUAUUUAUUAUAUAUUUAUCCAGCAGUUUUCAUUUCUAUACUAGAAUUUAUUUGAUGCUAAAUUUGUUUAAAAUUAUAUAUGUACACACCAAAGUAUGUUAAUUAUGUUUAACAAAAUAUGUAACUGUGAUAAAUUUUUUUUAUUAUUUUUAUUUUACCUACACUUUGUUUUAUUUUGAAUGUUAAUUUCAGAUUAUUGUCAAGAAUAAGUUAAGUUUUGUUUAAAUAGUAUUAUUUUGAAUGGAUUUUAUUUCACAAAAUUGAUUAUUAUUUUCUGGCUGACAUAAACUAUAUUAGAUAAUUUUUGCAAUGUAUUUGUUACCACCAAUGAUAUAUAUAUAUAUAUAUAUAUAUAUAUAUUAAUUUUAAAAACCUAUAAAUAAAUACAAUUUCAAUUUCAAUUUUAUUAAAAUACUAAAAUGUCCAAAACACAAUUCAUAAUUAAUAACUCAGAGAUGCAGUUUGUUAUUGUAUAUCAUAGGCAGGUAUACUAAUUUAUUAUAUAGACAACUUAGAUAUUUAAACAGACAAAUAUUUUUUGAAUUUUUUCUUUGUUCUUAGUUCAUUGUGUUUUAACUAAUUGUUAGUUUAUCACAUACAUGUUUAAAAAAAAAUUUUAUUCACUAUACAACAUGAAAUUUGUCUAUGCUUUUUACCAGUAAAAUAUUUGUUUAUAAACUGUGCAGGGUGAUUCAGUGAUUCAGAUAGAUUUAUGAUUUUUUUUUUUAAAUAUCAUGUUAAUACAAAUAUUGGGCAAUGUUGUUUUAUUAUGUUUUUUUUGUACACGGAUAUUUAUGUUGAUUACAUUAUUUGAAACAGACAGGGUUAUGAAAAUUAAUUUAAUUAAUAAAAAAAAAAUGAGCACUGGAUCAUGCUUGACUAUUUAACUAUGUUUUAAAUUUAAAAUAACUUUAGUAUUUUAGUGAUAAGUAUUUCACUAUUCAAUUUAAUUAUGUUUUACCAACUCAAAAUUAGGAAUAUAUCAAUUCUAAAAUAUUAAAAUAAUUAUAAAUUUAUUUUUAAAUUAGGCUAAUUUGAUAUUAUACACUUAAUAAUGAUGUAAUUAAUAAUGAUUUUUGUUUUUUAAUAUCGCUAUUUACUUAGUGGCCAAUAUUACAAUAUUAUUAAUGAAUAAAACUCAUUAUUUUUAUAUUGUAUACUAAUAAAAUAUAUUUAAACACAAAGUUAAUGUUAACUGUUACCUAUUAGAAGCUUAUUAUGCAUUCAGCUUUUAGUAAGUCAAUAUAUUUUUUUAAAUUUCACUCUUAAAAUAAAUAAUAUGAACAGACACUUUCUUUAGAAUGUAAAGAACUUUUAUACCUAUUUAUUAUUAAUAUUCAUAAAUCUCCAGCUUAAUACAUAAUUUAAUAUUUAUACAGUGCUAUUUUCGGUUCAACUAUUUUGUGAUUUAGCUUUAUUAUAAUAAUUUUUAUUAAACUGUUGUAAAUGAUAAAAUUAUGUGUUAUAUUAACAUAGACACAAAUAAAGAGGGAUUGGAGGGCUUAACUCCCCAAAUAUUGUCUUUAUCAAAUAAAAACUAAGUAUACAUAAUCAAUAUAAUAAUAUUUGAGUUAUUUGCUCCUAUACAGUAGUUUGUAUAUAAUCUUGACAUUUCAAUUUUAUAUUCUGUAGUACUAUAAUAUCUAUUACUUUUUAAAGGAAUAAUAUUACACAAAUAAUCUGUAACAAAGAUAUAAUCAUAUUUUUAUGACUAAUGUGUUAAUAUUAUUUGUAUAACUUCAUUCAAAGUAUUUUUAUAAUACAUAUAUAUAUAUAUAUAAUAAGUACUUUCAAUCCAUUAUACAGUAAAAAAAAUAUUAUGUACCUAUACCGGUAUAGAAAUAUUUUUUUUAAAUUGAAAUAUUAUGUAACAUUGCUUCAUUAAAAUUAUAUUUAAGUAAUGAAAACUAUAAUUAAACUACCAUGAAACAUAUUAUAUCAUAUUUUGCAAUAAUUUAUUUUAUUUUUUUUUU